GAGACACCGAUGGAACAAGCGACCGCGGAGGCGCUUGCAGCUCGGCUCACCGUCGUUUUUGGAUUUCUACCAAAAACUGUGAUUUUUCUCUCCGUUUUUUUAAACGUUUGUACUCAAAUUGCUCUAAUGAUACACGAUGACGAAACUGUCAGUGUUAGAAAGAAUCAAGUAUUGUCAAGUAGGAUAUAAUACAGAAGCAGCAACUGUCGUCCUCCGUCAACUGUUCACGAGAGUUAAUAUUUUGUGGUAACGCGCAAAUAUCUCGACAUUUCGCCUUUAGCAUGGAAGAGGGAACAGAGAAGAGCAAAAACAGCACAUUGAGAAAAAUGCAUGUUUAACUAUGGACGGAAGACUGACGAAGUCGAAUAACAAGUAAAUAAAAUAAAAUAAAAUACCAACAUCUGGUACCUCAGAGAGGGCAGUUUUCCGCGCACAACGGAGGAGGAUGAAUGAUGAUGGAAUGGCCGUAACAACAUGAAAAAAAAAAAGUGAAUAUCGGAAUAUUUCCGCCUUUCGUGUGAAUCAACAGCCGGAGUGGGGAAGAGGAGAGGAGAAGAGGAGAGGAGAGUGGAGAUCCCACAUCCCUUUUUCCUCCCCACUUUCAACCAGCUCCCUUCCCCUCAGUCCCUUCCACUCCUCCCUUUACCCUUUCCAUUCCCCAUCUGUCUCUCCACCCUCUUUCUCGUCGGUCCUCUCUCCACGGCUCUCAGUGCAUUCCCUCACAGUUUAACCCUCUUCAUGUCUUCCUCGCCCUUGCUCUCUGUACUCCCAACACUGUCAAGCACCUGAGCCCAGAAAAUCCCCGGAACCCCGGAGCUACGGUCACUCGGAGUUUCGCGUCCCACCAUGGAGCCACCACCCUCACUAAACCUGACCGUCCUGGCUGGGGGGGAAGAAGAGGAACAGAGGCCAGCGCUUCCUCUAAGUGGCGUCUCCCACCCGUCUGCUGCUGGUGCCUACCCUGGUGCCAACCACUCUAACCACUCAGGCAGUGCAAAUAUAGACCGGCUCAACAGCACCUCAUCUCCCACCACACCCGGGCUCCCACCAGCUGCUCUCCCCAAGCUACCCCUGCCCUCGGCCCAGCAGCUCCCCCCUGCCAUCCCCAAUGCCCUGCACCCCACCAGCACGCCACUGUCAUCCUGCCUGGGCAGCCAGCACAGCCUGAGUGGGGACAACUCACCUGUCUAUAAUGCUCUCUUCUACUCCUCACAUUCACCCUCCACUGAACGGGAGCGGGAGAGAGAGCGGGAGAGGGACAGAGGGUCCAAGCACAGACAGGCCAGCCCCCUGGUUCACAGACGGGACAGCAACCCUUUCACCGAAAUCGCCAUGAGCUCCUGCAAAUACACCGGUGGGGUCAUGAAGCCCCUCAGCCGUCUGAGCGCGUCCCGGAGGAACCUCAUUGAGUCGGACAGUGGAAGCGACACCAAAGAUGGGGGAGGGGGAGCAGCACGGGACAGGGAAAUGGGGGCGACAGGGCCUCUGCUGCACACGCAGGCCCAAAACCCCCCAGAGAUUGUGAUCUCUUCCAAAGAGGACUCACCAUAUGGCUACGACUUUGAUACCACCACCAAUCAGAUGUCCAUCUACCACCAGAACAAUGCCCGGUCUGAAAGUCGAGGGGCACUGAGCAGCACUGGGGGUGCUGGAAGUGCAGGGAACAGCCGUGGAGGCAGUGGGAGUGCAAGGGGUACCAGUACCUCCAAGGCCACCAAGCGAAAGAAUCAAAACAUCGGGUACAAGCUGGGUCACAGGCGAGCGCUAUUUGAGAAGAGGAAGAGACUGAGUGACUACGCCCUCAUCUUUGGGAUGUUUGGCAUCGUGGUCAUGGUCAUUGAGACAGAGCUCUCCUGGGGUGUCUACAGCAAGAGCUCCAUGUAUUCUCUGGCUCUGAAGUGUCUCAUCAGCCUCUCCACAGUGAUCCUGCUGGGCCUUAUCAUUGCUUACCACGCUCGUGAGGUGCAGCUCUUCGUCAUUGACAACGGAGCAGAUGACUGGCGUAUUGCCAUGACAAUGGAGAGGGUACUGCUCAUUGCCUUGGAGCUGCUGGUGUCAGCAGUACACCCGGUGCCAGGUGACUUCCGCUUCCACUGGCGGGCACGACUGGCCUUCUCCUACACGCCAUCAGUGGCUGAAGCAGACCUGGACAUGGUGCUCUCAGUGCCCAUGUUCUUGAGGCUGUACCUCAUUGCUCGCGUCAUGCUGCUGCACAGCAAGCUCUUCACUGACGCCUCCUCCCGCAGCAUUGGAGCCCUCAACAAGGUGCACUUCAACACACGCUUUGUAAUGAAGACCCUGAUGACUAUCUGCCCGGGGACUGUGCUGCUGGUUUUCAGUAUCUCCCUGUGGAUCAUCGCUGCCUGGACUGUGCGUGUCUGUGAGAGGUACCAUGAUGCCCAGGAUGUGACUAGCAAUUUUCUAGGUGCCAUGUGGCUCAUUUCUAUUACAUUCUUGUCCAUCGGAUACGGAGACAUGGUCCCACACACCUACUGCGGCAAAGGCGUCUGCUUACUCACGGGCAUCAUGGGAGCUGGCUGUACAGCACUGGUGGUGGCUGUGGUGGCAAGGAAGCUGGAAUUGACCAAGGCAGAGAAACAUGUACACAACUUCAUGAUGGACACCCAACUCACUAAAAGGAUCAAGAAUGCAGCAGCCAACGUGCUGAGGGAGACCUGGCUGAUCUACAAACACACGAAACUGAUGAAGAAGAUAGACCACUCCAGGGUGCGCAAACACCAGAGGAAGUUUCUCCAGGCCAUUCACCAACUACGCAGUGUGAAAAUGGAGCAGAGGAAGCUCAGCGACCAAGCCAACACAUUAGUAGACCUCUCUAAGAUGCAGAGUGUGAUGUACGAGCUCAUGUCAGAAUUGAACGACCGCAGCGAGGACUUGGAGCGACAGAUGCUGAGCUUGGAACAGAGGGUGGAGCAGCUGACAGCUGGAUUCAGCGCCCUGCCCGCCCACCUGUCAGCCACACUCACUGCCCAGCACACUGCCUUGCUCCAACUGCUGCGGGAGCGGGACAGCAAGGGUGGGGCCGAGAGGGUAGCUGGGGCCGAGAGGGAGGGGAGCCCCAAUACCAGCUCCUCCAGCUGCUGAGAAAGACAAACAAAGAGGGUGGAGCAAGGGAAAAAGUGGUGGGGUAUAAUAAAGGGACAAAAACAUGAGAGAGGACAGUAGGAGCAACACUCUUUGGCUCCACUAAGGAAUGCAGAAAGACAUUUUAUGGUGAUAAAUGCAGAGGAUUGACAUGACUGAUGAAAAGCAAGAAACUGUCUGCAAGGAGCAAGAUUGCAAUAUAAGGCAUAAGGAGCAGAGAGGUGAAGUAAUUGUUAAAGUAUUACAUUAAUACAGAAUACUUUAAUGGAGCCUGCACUAAUUACAAGAAUAUUCUCUCCCUCAGCAUCAGGAAUUAAUGACAAUGACUUUUUAUCCUUAGGAUGUGUUUUCUAACUAAUUGCUAACUGUGCGCUGACGAACAUCCCUUUAAUAAGAAUUUUAAUCACUGCCACUUACCACUACACAAACACACAGCAUAUAAAAUAUCCAUCUGAGUGAAAUAUAACGUCAGUCCCACACAUUUAUUCCGUUAAAAAAUGUGUAUACAUGACACAAUUUCCAGUUCGAACAAAUAAAAUGCACUUGAUGACAUAUCAUGCACAUAUACAUAAAAAACUUUGUGCACUACUAAAACAAUUCCACACCUAGAAAUUCUGCAAAUGCACAGAAUACAACAGCCAUAAAGUGUGUAAUCCAUGCUUGCAAAAGCCGUAUGUACGUCGAAAUCCUACAAAAAACACACACGCGUAGUUCGAACUUUGCUACCAAAGUGCUCUCAGUGACUAAAAUGGACUCUACAAAGAGAAGUAGAGAAAGCAAAUCAGGGAGGGGACUACAUGCCAUUGCUUAGUGGCUGAAGAUCUCUUGGGGAAAAUGAAUGAAAGAUUUUUUUGGAAAUCAACAGAAUACCUACAGGGCUAAGCCUUUUACAGCCAGAAAGAGACAGAAGAAGAAGAGCAAUCAAGUGAACAAACCGAAUGAAGAGAAUGAGGAUAAGCAAGUUAAGAAAUAGGCAUUAAAGGGACAUAAUACAUUUUUGCAACAGGAAGAAGGGAAAUGUGGGGAGAGAGAAAUAAGAGAAAACAUGGCAAGAAAAAUCAUAAUGGAGUGCUGGAAUACUGGAGACUAUUUUUGCUUCUGACCCCAUUCUACGGAGACCAUUUUGAAAACUGUCUUUCAGCGACAUUCUGUGGCCGGAAAACUGAAUUACACCUGUGUGGAUUGUACUGUCACUGAAAUACAGUAUAGCUUUGUAUUGCUCAGUUUUUUACCAUUAAAGUAUUACU